AUGUCGUGUAAAGGGGAUCUUGGGAGAAUUGCCCUGUCUCCAUGGGUCUAUAAUUUUAGCACGCCCAAAGUUAGUGGUCUAGUUGCACCUAUGGACUCAAAGGUAAUAUUUGGUCUGUCUGCUCAAGGACAUUUUUUUUUAAAAAAAAAGCAAAGAGUGUGUAUGUACAAUGGAUAUUCACUAAAAUCCUGCUCCGGGAAAAUCGAAACGCCGACAACAACAAUGACAUUACGUGACAUCGCGUUCGAUUUUCGCGCGGUACGCGAAAUCAAAAUUCAUUUUAGUAUUUUAUACGAGCCGGCCAUGACGCAGAACUCGCGUUUUAUCAGAUUGGAUUUAAUCACUUCGAGGGACACGACCCCCGCGCGGUUCGGUUUAUUUUUACAUUCUCGGCGCGUAAACACGUCGUCGGCGGCGGUGGCUAGAGCGUUUUUACGAGCGACGGUCCAAUUGGAAAAUACUCCGCCGGUUCACCAUAGUAUAACCAUAGCAAUAAUAUUAUAAUGCCGGGUAUUAUACGACCAGAGGCGAUUAUAGGUCCCCCGUGGGGGUAAGCUCGACGGCCAUUAAAAUCCGAAGGGCGAGCGACAAGUCGAAAAAUAAAUAUCGCGGUGCUGUUUAUUAUAAUACGCAGGUAUAUUUCACUCCUGAAGGGCAAAUAUGAUAUUAAUACGUAUAUUAAUAGCGUUAUACGAAAUACAUUGGUAUUAUUGUAUUGAAAUUAACAUUUAUUUUUUUCUUUGGUAAAAUAUUAUAAAAAUGUCGGCUUAUUGCGCGAUAAUAAACAAAUCGUAUAUUUUAAUGUAUUUUAAUGUACGCGUCCAAGUAGGACGCGUACCCUGAAAUAUACACUAGAAAUAAUACGCUGUGAACAAUUUUUUCCAGCGAUUUAAUCGAAAAAAUAUUAAUUGUUUAAAAUAAUAACGACUUUUUUUCUUAAUUAAACGUUUACUAUUUACGUUUCGUCGGUUUAACUAUGAAUUUAUGAGUAGAAAUAUUAUUAAACAUUACAGGCAUAGUAUUAAUCGAUUGAUGAAUUUGAUUGAUUUAUAAAUAUAUUUAAUUUGACAUUCCUUCUUUUGACACUUUUACGAUUUCGUUUAUGAUUUUAGUUUUGACAAAUGUUAGUUGAAAGAAAUUUUGAAAAAAUAGCCCUCUGCAAUAAGCAUAAAAAAAACAAAAUAUCUCUGAAAGAAAAAAUGUAAUAUAAAACAUAAAAUUACAAAUUUAGUUUUCUAAUUACAUGAAAUGAAUUUUUUAAGUACUGCUCUGACUUAAUUAUACGUACAUUUAUUUUUUCAUUUUAUUAUAUUAGAAUUAACGCUAAUCGGCUUUUUACAAAAUAGCAUAAUACAAGAAUAUAUACGAGUAUAAAUUCAAGGUAACAAUGUGAUACAGUUGUAGCUAAAGUCUAAUCUUAAUAACUAAAGUAAUAAUAAAAGUAAACAUGGAGAAAAUCGUUGUGGGGAUUAGAGAAAAAAAAAAUUAAACGUAUGCCUCCGUACUGUAAGUGUUUUAAUAAGUUUGCUUUAUGCGUCAUUUUUUAAAUAGUAUUAUAUUAUUAAACACUGGGUGAUAUUAAAUGAUAAAUUAAAAGUAUGACACCAGGUAGUGAUUUAUCAAUGGUGUUCUGGAGAGUGAGGUAGUCAUUUAAUGAGAAAAUCGCAUGAAAAAUCUUAGAAUUGUCGGCAAAAAGGAGAAGACAACAAGGAGAAUCGGCUGAGUACAUGAUGGUGUUAAUAAAAAUAUUAAAUAAAAAUUAAUAGGAAACUCAAGUGGCUUCCUUGCGGAACUUCGGUUGACGAUAUAUAAUAUAUUAUAUACAUGUGGCGUAACUUCAAAAUUUGGAUGCGAGAGCCAAAUUUUCAACGUCCUCCCCCUCGCCCGGGCAUAUAAAAGUUUUUUUUUGUCAUCAACGCCUAAAACUGGUUUUUGUUUAUAAUAAGACACAUUAGUAGGAUAGGAACUGUUUUAUGUAUAUGUUUUCUACAUUUUCACUUAAUGAUAAAUCACUGCCAAUUCGGUGCCAUCGGUAUUGUUAAUAUUUUUACAAAUAUUUAUAGCGUUAUUUUUUUCAGAGUUUUCAUGUGAUAUUUUAUAUGUACGGAUGCAGUUUUCGCGGUUUUGUUCUCCACUCAUGGGUCAAAUCAAUUUAACGUAUGCAUUUUUAAAAUUAUACACUUGAAUAACAAAUUUUCAAUUAAAAUUGAAUACGACUGCACGAUAAUAAAAUCAAAGCGUACCUAUGUAAUUGUCACCGACUGAUCGAUUACUGUGAAUAACUUUACAAACAGAUUAAAACGCCAAAACAAUAAUAUGAAAACGAUAACACGAUAACGUAAUGAUUAACAAAACAAUAAUUGUCGACAGAUGGCGGAUCUAUUAUUAAAUAUGUUAUGCUAGGAAUAAAACCUGGCAUCCAAGAUUAAACAUUAGGCCACAGGCUUAAGCAAAUACUAUAGAUUCGAAUACGGGAUGCUCGUAGAUUUGCUAGGAAACACUGUAAUACUCCUUGUUAUAGCGAGUUGCCUAUAUAAACCCCUUAAUUAUUGUUAUUUUUCUUUAGACACAAAUACAUUAUAAAUAUAUAAAAAUUAGGAACUGUUUAGUGUUUAAUUUAUAGCAAAAGCCAAUGUAUAUUAUUUUAAUAUUAUUAAAUGCUGUUAUAUUUGUUAAUGAAUAACGAAUUUUGGUGAAUUCAAUUUGUUUUUUCUUUUGUGAUUUAUUGUAGACAAUAUUAUAUUAUAUUAUAAUACUUCAACAAAAGAACAACUCAAUUUUUUUUCUAAUUUUUAAAUUAAGUCCAUUAGCCGCAUAGCUUAGAAUAGCAUGCGCAAUGAAUCAUAUUACCUGUAUUGCCUCAGAGGGAGGGGAAGAAGCAACACGGGGCAAUCAUGUUAUGAUUAUUUUAUUCCCUUAUUGACGUUCUACCUACAUAAUACAUAACUAAAAUAGUAUUAAAAUGUUAUUUGCAAAGUGAAAAUAAGCCGUUUUCUGUUGUACAACUCAAAUGUUUUUGAAGCUACGAAAUAUAUUAUAUUUUUCUGAUAUCCAUUUGAAUCAAUUCGUGCCGCGUAUGUCAUCGUUCAAAAUCAAGUAUCGCUUCAUAUCAGUCCGCUACUAUUUUUCCCAUCAUAUUUAAUUACUUUUAUUUAAUAUUAUUUUUUUUUUUUUUUUGUUCGCUUUUUCCGCAGUCGGGUUUUUUAAAAACUUUUUUGGAAAUCAUUAUUAUUUUUUCGAAUUAUUCGGCUCUCUAUACCGUCAAUUAUAAUCGUUAUAUUUCGUAUUAUUUCGAAUACGAAACUGUACAUUAACUAUUUACAUAAACUAUUUACUGAUUAUUCACGUAUAAUAAAAUAAUAUUUAAACAAUUAAGUGUUCGUUCUAGUUACAAAGGCGGCGCGUUAGCAGCUACGCCGUAUCCUAUAUUAUAUUAAUAUGUUAUAUAAAGGUACACACAAAUUUCCGGUUGAUAAUCUAAUUUUACACAAACCCACCCACCGAGCGAUACAAUUUAAAACAAUAUUAUAAUCUCUGUAUAUAUGUCUAAUGAAUCCAUAGGCAAAACUUGGGAGAGGAUUAUUCCCCAAAACAAAUAUAUCGAAAGUCUCCCAAAAUUAUUGAAUAUUUUUUAAAGUAUAAAAUAAAUACUUAUUUUAUAACAAUUACCAAAAACUUGGAACUUUAAGAAGUAUAUUUUUCUCCGAAAUUUUGUCAAUAAAAUUAUUAUUAUUAUACUCGUCACCGGGCGACCGUAUAGUAAUAACGUAAUAAUAAUACAUUACUGGAUUUUUCGAAUCCGAAAUCCUAUAAGACGCCAUACUACAUUAUUAUAUGGAUACUCGUAUUAUGACUUAGAAACAAUCCUAUAAAUCUUAAAUAUAAAACCCUUGAUCCGUCCAAACUGUCGGUAACACUUUGCCGAUUGGUCAAUGGCGAUCAGGACCGGAUUAAACCGACAAGAUAUCGGGGGGAAAUCUCGGUUCAAAAUUAUGCUUGUUUUCAAUCAAAUUUUGCGACGAUUCUAUCUAUUUUCUAUAAUUUCGGACCGGUGAAAACCUUAAAACCCGGUAGCCCGGUAUACUCCUUAACCAGCGCUGAUUGCAUCACUACAAAUCAAAUAAAUAAUAAUGCGGUGCAGUCGAAUUGGUACCAGUUUUUUGAGAAAAAGGUAUCUAUGAAUGUGAGCCAUAGACGGAGAUUGGCGGGAGCUAAAGGGACUUAUCCCACAAAAUAUCUUUAACACCUCUUAAUUGUUAAAAAAUAAAUAAAUAAUUAUUUUGGCUCCUUCUGCUCCCCUUCGAAAUUAAAAAGGCCUUUUAUUAUAUGGUUCAUUACGUUUUUUUGUGCGACAACAAACGGGUACGUAGGGAAUUAUAAUACACAACUGAUGAUUAUUUUUAUUUUUGCUCAUCACUAAAAUAGUCCCCACCCCCUAAAAUUCAAUCAAAUCCCCGUCGAUGAAUGCAUCUGUACAAUGCGCCUUACAUAUAGUGUAAUGCACAUCGACCUAAAUCGAAAAAUGUCACAAUAUAUUUUAUCGGUUUUUUACAAAUUCGUUUACUCGGGUAUUUACCACUUCUUCCAACAUUAGCCCAAGGGCCAUUUAACCAUAUAACUAUAUAACGCUCGAGGAACUACAUAUUGAUUUAUCGUUCAUUAUAAUAUUAUCGAUAGUCAACAAAUUUAUCGCGUUUUGCGAAUAUUGUGGUCAACGAACCGCAGGUUCUGUUGAUGUUGUUAUAUUUGACGGACAGUUGGCAAGUUUUAUAUUUUAUUAUGCGAUUGAUUUGCACGGAGGAGGCGAAAAAUUAUAACAUUAUUGUGUCUCGUAAUUAUUUGUGUUCCCUAGAACGCCGUCGUCGGUACACAAUAAUAUCAUAAUGUGUUUACUGUGACGCGGUGACAUAAUCGAAUAAACACAAUAAUAUUAGGUGCAUAGGAAAACUACUUGAAAAUACUUUGAACUUGAUAUCAGAGUGCAUAUGACAAUAUAAUAAUAUUCUACUCAAUAUCGUAAUUAUUAUUAUCGAUAUUGUCGUAAAAUUUUUAGUAUGUAAAUGCGUAUGAUAUAAUAUGUCGACAAAUCGGUAACCUAACCGUUUUCCUUAUAGCGUGUUAGUGCGUUUUUACGCGUUUAUUAUUUCGAUAUUAUUAUCUCAUACGAUUUGAAUGUCACGGUACACACCAACCUAUAAUAUCUAGGUGCCUACGCUACUAUAAUUAUUAUACAAUUUAUGCCGAAAUAAUCUGUAUAAUUUUUCUACGCGAGGGAAAUCAUUUAACACUUACACGUAGGAAUAAAAAUAUUAUUGAAGUGUAUACACUUGUAAAAAAAAAAAAAUGUUUAAAAAAACACGGUACUCAAACACAGCUGUAGCAAAAGUACCUCGGAUUACCUCAUCGAAUCCGUAAUGUUAUUUAUUACGACUGUGAACUGUUUUUGUUCCUAUUAUCGUAACGUAUCGACGCGGUCGUUUUGCGUGAUGGUUGAAAUAAAGGCAUGCGAAAUCAUUAUUUUAUUUUUUAUCCAAUUAACGCCAAUAUUAUUUUAAUUGUAUAAACAUUUGAACAGAAAAUACCUGAAAUACUCGUGGAGUGUAAUGUGUGCCCAAAUAAGUUUCUAAUUGAAAUUUCAGAGGAAUUGUACGGUUUAAUACAAAAAUGUUAACAGGGAACCUUAAAACGACUUUUUGUUAUUUCCAUUUGUUUUUAUUAAUAGUUAUUUAUUUAUCGAGGUAACAAGAAAGUGCAUGUUAAUAUUUAUUGUAUAACAAUAAUACGAUAACGUUUAGGCGACCGUAGGGAACUGCGAAAAAAAAAUUGUUGUACGUUUUAAUUAAUGUUGUUAGGCAUCAUAAUCGCGGCAGUGCAAUCAUACCGAAUGUUAUCGAUUUAACGCUUCAACACGGAUAAUAAUGUAGGUACAGAUAAAAUUGCUUAGUAGUUUGUAACCGUUCGAGAAAGGUGUUUUAUUAUUAUUAUUUAUUUUUUUUUGUUUAAGGAGAGAAGAUGCGUUCUCCGACGAAGAACCGCGUUUAAAAUUUAGAAGGCGAAACCGGUUUUUAGUUUAUGAAUUGUGUUUCAGAAAUUCAAUGUUUCCCAAAGACGGGCAGUCAAUAGUACCUAUUUUAUCGUUAUUAUAAUUAUUAAUUUUUUUUUUUUUUUGUUCAACUUCGAUAUCGUCUGUACUGUUAUUUGUGUUUCGUCACUCGAAAAGAAAAUGUGAUAUGGAUAAGAAGUGCAGUUGACCUUCUGGGUUAAUCCAUUACAGAUUAUAUUAAUACGUUUGUUGAUUUUUUUUUUUUUUCGUUAGUUUGUCGUGUACCGCAUUUAAAUAUUUUGGAAAUUUACAUACGUGAUUUAUGGAAGUUUUUUUUUUUUUUGAAAAAUUACAAUCUUUAUAAUCAUACAGUCUUUAUUAAAUGGUAUAUAGUCGUCGACGAAAAUAAUUCGCGUUUUUAUUUUUUUUAAAUAUUACAUUGUGAUUUGGCUAUAUUAUAUUAAUAUAUUUUCUGGACGAGUUGGCCUUCUCGUUUUGAGAUAUUUUUACGGUAAUGUCGUUUGGGGGGGGGGGGGGAAUAUUAUAAAAUAAUAAAAUCGUCGUCGACUGUCGGCCAAAUCCGCCGCCUUCACCGUCGCCGGUAACUGUUGUCGAGUGUCGGUUAUCAUAUUAUUAUAGCGGCGCGGGCAACGCCAGUGUUGCAGUUGGCGUCGGCUAGGCGGCGCGCGUCUAGUGGUCAGGCAAACGGCGAACAUUUUACCGACGUACCGACGACGAACACGAGAGCAUUGGCAAGUGAGUAAUGAUAUUCGUAUAAAAUCCGAUGGGUGGGACGCGUAUACACAGACCCUAUCCCGAGUUCGGCCCGAGCCGAAACGUAACCGCGUUCGUUUUGGGUGUUUUACAAUAAACGAUAUGACCAGUCAUACCUACCUGUUGAUCCGCGCCCGAUCUUGCGACGACAAGCGAAUUAUAGCGCAAACCUAAAUGCUAGUCGACGAAAAGCCACCGCGGGUUUAGAUAAAGCGGAGGGGAAACGGAAAGACUUUAACCUACCCGUCGGCUCGAAUCCGACAAUGCUCCGCGGAAGUUUAGUGUACUGUCUGUAGUGCCCGAAUCGAUUACAUAUCACCACGGGUCGCGUAUCGAUAUACCGAUUGGGCCGAACUCGGAUAGGGUCUGUAUAUACGGGAACGGGGCCGAAGUGUUCGGAAAGUUAUUAUAUACGCGUGCAGCGUUGGACAUUAUAACGUAUCUAAAUAUUACAACUUGACCAGUCUCGCACCGCGUUGCCCGUAUAUAUGUAACCCCACGUCCCCGCCAUUAUUCCCUACCAGCCGCUCGCCCCAUCUUUCGUUUUACAAAUCCUUCUAUUUCACCUCAACCCCCUACUGAACGUCGGCAAUUAUAUUCCGUUUGCUCGCAAAAGUUCUUGCCGAUAAUAUCGCCGUAUCUCAUGUUAUCGUUGUUUCGAUAGUGACAUUAUCUAGAAUUAAGUAAUAGAUUAUCAUAAAUAAUAAUACGAAAAAUUGGCCCAUAACCUACUGGCGACGAUAAGGAAUCGAACGAAAUAAUAAGGUUCAUCGAAAUCGGUUAAGUAGUUCUCGAGAUUUUUGCUGACGUACAAACAAACGUUUCUUACUUGUAUAUUAUUAUUAUUAUUAUACAUUAAUAAUAAUAUACGUAACAUAAUAUAGAAGCUGAAUUACCAAUGUGCAUUUUUUCUUUCGCGGUUAUUUACCCCUGGCGCGUGGACCUUAGCUAUUUGACGUCCAUGCUGUCCAGUUAUAGAAAGCCAUAGCUUUUCGCCACUAAUGUGACUACGUUUUAGUAGCGAUCGUUCGGUGAACAAGUGAAUGGUAUUUGGCUUUUAUAUAAUAUGUUAUAUAUAUAUAUAUAUAGAUUAUUGUAGGUAGUUUCGUUGCAUAUUUAAGAGUCUGGACGAAGCGGGGAAUGUGUGUUAGUUUCACUAUGAUCCGUGCUUUCUUUUCUUUCUGUCUGUUAUGGACAACUUUUCGACCGUAAAUCAUACACCAACCAUCAACUCCGGGAGCGAUUUCUGGUGGUAAACGUUAUGAAUUUUUUAAAUUGAUGAGGUUUGUAUUUUUAUUUUUAUCGUUAUACACUUAUUAAUUUGACGGGAAACCGGAAAAAAAAACGUACAAAAUACAUAGUAAAUAUCGAUUCCUGUUAAUUUUGGAUUUUUUUUUUCCGUUUAAUUCUGGGUGAAAAAUCGUUAAGACAUGAUACUUUAAUUGAUUUUUUUAUAAAUUUAAACUUUUUAGAACAUGGUACAUUAAUUUCGAUAUUAUUAUUGGCGUUUUUCGAGUUAUUUAUAACGAUUUGAAGUUUUCUAUUUUUGCUCUGUUCAUGUGGUUAAAUUUGUUUGGUUUAAUACAAAUACUCGAAUAUUUUAUACACUUUUUUUUUUUUUAAUGGCAGCAUAAAAUUAUUAAUGAUUUCCCAUGAAACAUAAUCUCAAACAAAACAUAAUAAACGUUAUAAAAUUUAUUAUGUAUGUACAUAUAAUAAUAUUAACUUUUCGUUAUCAAUUUAAAUUGGAUGCACUUCAGGGAGCAUAGGGAGAGGCAGUAUUCAAACAAAACGCAUUUUGGAUCUCGUGAAAAAAAUCAGAACCGACGUCCCUGCGAUUACAGAAAAUAAUCGUUUCCUUCCGCCACCGCACCGCUGCGCGUUUGUAAUGUUCGUAUCCGGUUUAAAUGUUUAACAGUAUUAUUAGUUUAUCAGUGAUACGAAAUUGCUACCUAGAUGUAGUACUAUACUGCAUAAUAAAAGUAAGUUUUUACUUUUAUUAUGCAGUUUUAAAAACUGAAUCAAUAAUAACUAAUUGAGUAGUUGGUACUUAUUAAAUUGUUGUGUAUACUAAUCAUUGUAGUUUCUAACACAAUUUUAAAAGUCAAAAUAAAUGUAUAAUAAUCAAACUCUAUUAUAACACAUAAUUCAUGCAAAAAAUUACUUGUUAUACUAACCAGUGAUAAACGUGUUAUGUUAAUAAAAUAUAAAUUAUUAAAAUCGCAGUGUUAUGAAAAUUAUACAUAUUGAGUUCUAUUAUUGGCAACAAAUGUAUUCUGAACACAUUCUAUUGAUACUGGAUGUAAAAUUGUAUUUUUAUAUACUAUCUUAGGACAAUGGCACAGUGCCAUUUAAAUAUUUAAAACAAUAACUAAAUAUCGUAAAUGUUUUAAAAAAUAGUUGGAAAGGUAAGAUACAUAACGUUUUUUAUUAUACCGGUAACUAACUAUAAACCAUUGCAUACGAAAAACGAUUCGGAGUAAAGUUCGUUUAUACAUGUUUUGAAAGGCCAUAAUAUUUACGAUUUUCGUCAAAAUGUUUAUAAUUUUAAAUCUCUCAUAAAAAAACGAAACAAAACUAAAUAACUCUAAUGCAUGUGGAUCUUUCAUAGCAUAUUUAAAAGCUAUUUUGAAUUUCCAAAUCUUAGUAUGUAUCUUUAUAUUUAUUCAAGAUUAAAAAUUAGUUCGGACCGAGCCUGUAAUUUUAAUACAAAGUUCAAAUAAGAAGAAAGAAAGAAUUCUAGCUCCAGUGUGUAGAGUAAAGUACCUUCUCUGGAAGAAAUUGUUUGUCUUGUUAGUGCAUUAGAGAGGUCAUUUUUGGUUUUUCCAAUGUGUUUUCCUAUCGUCCUACCGUUUUCAAUAUUUUUAAUUUGUUUAUACGAUAUCUUCUACAAAAAAUAUUGCUCCAAUAAAAAUAUGAAAAGAGACCUUUUUUGUUGAAAUUUUAAUCUCGUUCGUAAGAAAGUUAUUCAUUUUAGAUUCUGAGUGGAGUGAAGAAACUUAUAGUUUUACAAAGAGAUUUUUUUUUCCUGUACUUUAAGGAGGUCAUUUUUCAAUUUUCUCAUCAAAUUUGAAAAAAUUGAAAAAACAGGAAAUUGCACGAAAUAUGUUUCUAAAUUAUUACAAUUUUUAAAUUCAGAGCAUAGCGAGGAAGCUAUUGGUUUUACAAUGCUGUUUAUUUCUUUCUUUAUUUCUUUCUUUUUUUCUUCUUUUAGACUGUGUACACGUUUUUUCCUAAUAAACUUACUCCAAUUUUUAUUUAUAGCAACUUUUCUGAAAGCUUAAGUUGUAUAAAUCGUAAUUAAAGAGGUAAUUUUUUUGAUUAUUGACGCAAUUUUUUAAAUAAAAGCACUUAUGUGGGAAACAUUUUGAAAUUCAAAUGGCUACAUAUAUUCGAAAUUCCAUAGAUAGAUCGAUAAAAAAUAAAUUUCCGUGUUGACAUUUUUUAUUUCCAUUGAUGAGAUAUUUCACUUUUUAUUUUAAGCAGGAGAUUAGUGAAACAAUGCGUUUUUGUGGUGAUAUACGAUACGAUGCGCGGCGUUUUAAUACCUAAUGUUCCAAUAUUUACCCCUUGUCUAAACUAAAAAGUGGAAUAUUUCGUCAACGGAUUGAAGGAAAUCAAAAAUUUCAAUACCAUAAUUUAUUUGAAUAAAUACUCCAUCCAUUUAUGGAAUUUUGAAUGCACGUAUCAUUUUAAUUUCAAUAGUUGAUCCUCAAAUCCCGCUCAAAAGGGUGUCUACAAUUUUCAAACCCACAUAUAAUUUUAUAUGAGAUUAAAUGUUUCAUUGUACAUUAUUCUUUAUAUUAUAUAUUUAUAAGAGAAAAUUGAUGUAGGUAACAUAAAAUUCUUUACAUUUCGUAGAUUAUGGUGAUGUUUUAAUAAAUAACAAAAGCAUCAAAAAUAAAUAUUUAGCUAUUAUUUAUACUGAUACAUUAUUUAUAUAACCUACUAAAUUUGUACCAGUUUUGUACAUUAUAACGACGGUUAAUAACUACAAAUGCGAAUCAUUGAUUUAUCAGCACCUGUUAAAAAACACACAUUUUGUUGGAAAUGUAUAGUAAAUCACUUAACCGCAGCGUUCAGUGUAAUUAAAAACAUAAUGCGCCAUUCGUUCUUUAAUUUAAAAAUAUUAAAUUAUGCACGUAGCAUAUGCACGUACGUUGUUAAAAUUAGAGUAUUUAUUACUUUUAAAAUGGUACCUAUUUAAUAUGUUAUUUUAUUAUAGGUUAUUUAUAUAUUAUAUUUAAUUAUGUAUGCGUGUAUACGAGGUAGGUUAUAAUUAAAGAUCGUAUUUAAUUGUAUCUAAAACACACACAAAUUGCAUAGUAAAAUUAUAUAAUUGCACCAAAAAAAAAGUGAAAAUUACAUAAUAAAUUGCACUAUAAAAAUACAAAAGUUAUAUAAAAAAAUUUAGAUAAAUAUUAUUUUUUUAAAUUAAAAUUGACAAUUAGAUAUAUUUCUAAAUUAUUUUCAUUGAAAUUAAAUCUUCUAUUACUUAAAAUAUGUUUGUGCGAAGAAAAUCUGCGUUCUACGUCUACACUUGUUAUUGGUGUAUAAUUAAAACAAUUUAAUAAAGUAGACGUUAUAUCUAAAUUAACAUUUGCUUUACGUGACAUGGCUUUAUAGUAAGACUUUAAAGUUUUAUAUCAUUCAUUUUUUUCAAUUACAUACGUACAUUUUUUUAAAUGUUUUUCCCAUUUGGACCAGAAAUACUUGUUAAAAUAUCUUCGAUUUUUCUAAAAAUAUCGAUGCUUUUCAGUAGUUCACUAUUAGAUUCUUUCUAAUUUUUAAGAUUCAUGGAUAACCCGGAUAAGUGUAAUUUUAUGAAUGCUAAACCACAUUUGACUGCAUUAAUUUGUACAAGCUGUUUCAGAUUUUCGACACUUGUAGUAUCAUCUGUUAAACUUUCAAACACGUUUUUAAAUUCUUCGAAAUUAUUUCCAUAGAAAAGUGGAGCAUUUAACCAUGUUCUCCAUCUUGUAAUAAUAGGUUCGGGUGGUACAGGUAUUUCUUUGUUCUCGAUGGUGCUUUUAGAAAACCUUUUUUUCCUGAAAUAAACGAAAAAUAUUUUUAAGGUUUUUGCUGCUUUGAUCAUAUAAAUACCAAUAUCACUAAUAAAAAGUAAUAUCUUUUGUUCAAUACUAGGAUAUUAUUUGAUAUGAAGAAUUAGUAAACUGACAAAUAGUUUCAUAAUUAUUGAAUUCUAGUUCUUUACAUGCAACUAAAUAUGAAUUAGUAGGCGCCUCAUCUAAUUUACCAAUUAAUACAUUUGAAAUAGUCAAACCUAAACGAAAAUAGUAUAUUUUAUUAUAUGAGAAAUUAAAAAUAUUAUUUAAAUAAACUCUUGGAUCGGUUGUUUCGUCAAAAAUUAUGUAAACGUAAUUAUUUCCAAUAUCACUAAUUUUUUGGUCCAUAAUUCUUUUAUAAAUAUUUGGUAUGUAUUUUGUUCUUAAAGUGCUUUCGUUCGGAAUUGAUUUGCCAGUAUGUUUUUUCUAAAAAUGAUUUUAACACAUGAUUGCCCAGCUUAUGCAAAGGAUUAUUUGCAGCAACAAAUUACAACAACAUUACAUAAAUCUUCAAAAAAUACAUUUAUAUUAAUUGAAUUUUGAAAAGUAAUCAAAAGCUGUUUUUUUUCUUUAUUCGUUUUUAUGUUUUGAACUAAAAAAAUAUACAUAUAUUUUUGAAAUAAUAUGUAGUAUAUUACGUGUAGUAUGAGCAUAAAAUACAAAACUUACUUGUUUUGGAAUGAUGAUCUAAUAGAUAUUUUUUUUUUUCAGUAGACACAGAUUUGUUUCAUACGCGAAAAUCUAUAACCUUUUCAUCUGAUUAAAAUACUUCUUUAUUUCCAUUAUAAGGAGCAAUCCAAUUUGAAAAUUUACUUUUUAAAAUUGGUUUUAUUUUAGGCAUUACGUCGAAUACGUUCACUGUGCGGUCAAACUGAUCGAAAAAAUAGGUACUAAGGUACCAAUAGGUAAACGCACACGAAUCGCUGUACUACUACGUUGAAUUUAAUUGCCACCGUAUAUUUAUAUAUAGACACAUAUCGCUUGCUGGACUCUCCAACCUUCUAAAUAAUUCCAAACGACGAUAAACGCCUAUGAUUUUAAAACGUGGGAAAAUUCCAAAAACUUGCAAAAACGUCGAAAAUUGAAAAAAAUUGCAUUAUAAAAUUAAAUAUACAGAAUAUUUUUAGUAUAUAUCGGCUAUAUAUUUAAUCAAAUCUGAUUUAUCGUUAUUGCAAAGAAAGUUGCAAUAUCAAUUAAAUCCAGCCUUAAGUUAUAAUUAUAAGUAGUAGGUAGGUACAAAAACACAUACAAAAGAUUAUUAUUUGUGUUAACAUUUAAUAACUGUUGUCAAUUUACCUAAAUACUUAUCUUUUUCAUUCCUUCAUGAUAUUGGUAUUAACACUUUAGGUACCUGUUCUAUAUAAUAUGUUUAAUCAAAUUCAAAUGGAUAAGUGAGAUUGAUUUAUUCUUCACUUAAUAACUUCCUGUUUUAUUGAAAUAUUAUGGGCAGUUAUAUUAUUACAAUAAUCUAUGAUAUACCAAAGGGAUAUCCCUCUCAUUAAUAAAGAAUCAAUUUAAUCACUCAUGGAUGGUGCAAAUACCUAUUAUAUUUUGCUAAUUCAUUUGCUUCAGAUAAACUAUAUUAAUUAUACAUACAUUUCAAAUUUUUAUUUUUUAAUUUUAAAGUUAAAAUGGAAGUGGAUUACAUAUGGGGAACAACGACGAACAAUGCCAUAUCGGUUCAAAAACUGGAACAACAUUUUCGGGAAAAUUUCCAGUCGUAUAAACCGGAAUACUACGUCAAAGUACCUGGUAGAGUGAAUUUGAUCGGAGAACACGUCGACUAUUGCGGUUAUUCCGUAUUUCCGAUGGCCAUUGAACAAUGUAUUGUAGUGGCGGCCAAGAGGAUAAACAACCAACAAACGAUCCAGCUCACUAACUUGAGUUCGGAACGGUACGAAAAUGUUUCUAAAAACAUAUCGAGUAUAAGGUAAAUCAAACGUACUAAGAUUUUUACUAAUUCAAAAAUAAUAUAUUAUUCUUAGAUCAUAGACAUACAAUAGAUGGAUUUUCAGCUCAAUAUUUUAAUGUUCAUGUUAGCGACGAGUCACCAGGUAAAUAACCUUUACUGCACAUGCGCCAGUGACUUCUUUCAUAUUUAUCCCAAUUCCGUAAUAUUAUAUGAUAAAUAUAAAAUAAUUGAUAAGACAAGUGAUAAUCUGUUUUUAAGUUUUGAAUUCCAACGAUUUUAAUUAAAAUUUUCGAUUGAAUUUAGUCAUUCUAAUUUUUUUUUUUUAAUUUUGAUUUAUAAAAUUAUUUUUGGUUUAAUGGCACCCAAAAAAAUACUAGUGCUUAUGUAUAGUUAUAAUUAUAAUAUACAUUUUAAUAAAUUAAAACUUGAAUUUAUUGAAUUGGUCAUAAACUGAAAUCUGUAUAAGGUACCUAUAAAAUAUAAUAUAAUAUAAUAUUAUUAUAGAUAAAAAUAUAAUAUAUGCUGAGAUAAAUAAGUGACUAGUUGCUAGAGCAUAUGCAGUAGAGUUUAAUUACCUGGUGACUCGUUGGUAACAUAAUAUACAUCAUAAAUUAAUAUGACCGAUUAUCGAUUAUAGUUCUCGAUUCUAUCCAUUGAAUAUGAUCUAAGAUAUUUCAUCAUGCGCAAUCUAAUAAUUACAGUACGGAUUCAUUGAGCAAGAGCCCGUGUUGGUCGAAUUAUUUUUUGUGCGGUGUAAGAGGUGCCCGAGAAUAUCUGAGCGAAAGCCAACUGAGACCGAUAGAAAAUGUUGGAUUUCUAUUUGCCGUGGCCGGUAACAUUCCGGAGAGUUCGGGAUUGAGCAGUUCAAGUGCCUUGGUAACGGCUGCCGUGAUGGCAACCUUGGUCGGAUACGGAGUGUGUAUAUUUUUUUUGUUAGUCAUAGCGUUUGAUUUAAAGCAUGAAAAAAAUUAUUAAAUAAUAAUAACAAUAUCAUACUAUAUAGUAUUCAUGACGGAAAAUCAAUAUAAAUACUAUAGCCCAUAGGUAUAUUAAAUAAUAACCGAAAUCGUUAGGAACGGCGUUUCGAAUAGGCAAAUCGGUAACAAUAAUAUUGUUCAGGUUCAGAUUAGCCGACUAGAGUUAGCCGAAAUCAGUGCCAAAUGCGAAAGGUACAUCGGAACUGCAGGCGGUGGAAUGGAUCAAGCGAUAGCAGUGAACGCCAAGCAAGGUAAAAUUCGAGAAUUAUCGUACUAAAUACGUAUUUACGAAUAUAUUAUGCGAAACGUAUGCAUAAAUGUAUCGGUUUUACCAUACAGUGAAACCAAAGUAUGACCAUAGUUUUACCAUGUUAUGGAUUUAGGUGGUAUAUGUAUAAUUAAAUUCUAAAUGUAAUUUAACCUUUUUUUAGGUUAUGCUACUCGUAUUGAUUUCAACCCGUUGACGAUUAAACAGUUCCGUCUACCGAAUGACGUCAAGUUUAUCGUUGCACAAAGUUUAGCCGUUAAAAAUAAAGCAGCAUCAAACGAUUUCAACACGAGGGUAGUGGAAUGCAGGCUCGCUUCGCAGGUAUUAAUCAUUUUUGAUGAUUUUGUUUUGAGUGUUUCAUUAUUUAUCUUGUUAAUUCAUUUACGGAUUGUAGAUAAUCGCCAAACGAUUGAAUCUAGAAUGGAAACAUAUGACGGUAUUGGCAACACUUCAAAAGAAUUUGGGAAAUACUUUAGAUCAAAUGAUUGAAUUGGUCCAUCAGCAUUUACACGUUGAUAAGUAUUCCAAGAAAGAAGUGCGUAAUAAUAUUCUGUAUGUUUGUAAAAUAAACAAUUACUAAUAAUAAUAUUUUUUAGAUAUGUGAAAUUCUUAAUGUGUCCAAAAACGAACUAGACGAGGUCAGCUUGACGCCCAAUACGAUUGACGUUACCGAAUUUUUCUUACAUCAAAGGGCUCUACACGUAUUUGAAGGUCAAUUUUACAACAAUUAUUUAUCUUUUAUUUACUUUUAGCACUCUUCUCACGCAAUAUUUGUUAUUUUUCCUCAUUGUAGCCGUAGUUAUUUUAAUAGUAUUUGACCUUAUAUUGUCGUUACAGAGGCUAAACGGAUGGAAACGUUUUGCAAGCUUUGCGAAAAUUCCGGUAGUGCGUCAGAUCUCGGGAAGCUGAUGGACGAUAGUCACUCGUCUCUGCGUGAUCUAUAUCAGUGCAGUCAUCCGGAUUUGGAGGAGUUAGUAGACGUCUGUAAACGAGGGCGUGCUUACGGUUGCAAACUUACCGGGGCCGGGUUAGUGAAUACAUAAUAAUAUUACAAAUCAAAAUAUUUCACAAACAUUAUAUAAUGUGGAUUUAUAUACCUAUCGCAGUUGGGGAGGAUGCGUGGUGGCCAUGGUUCCAUCAGCCGGUGCCGAAGAAUUCGUGAAGUUCGUCAAAGAUCAAUUUUACUCGAAGAGAAAUGCAGACGAAAAAUGUAUGUUUACUACAAAUCCUUCAGAAGGUGCUUGCGCGUAUCUGAAGCCAUCCGAGGUCCACGACGGAACAUCCGAAUUUCCGACGCUCGUUCGUUUAUAA